UAGAGAGAGACCAACCCCCAUGACCUCAAAUCAAAAUCUUCUUCCCGUCAAAGCUUCCUUAAAAAAUAAAAAUUAGACCACAUAACUUUUUUUCAAACCCCAUAUAUAUUCUCCUCUUCCAACUCCUUAAUUUCUCCACUAUUAGUCUACUCCCUAAACAUACCUUGUGUUUUUUAGGCUUCACUUGUUUUCCUUUUCCCCCACACUUUCUUUAUAACAAUUUCAUCAAAAAAUUUUAACUACUUAACCUCAUGUCUAAAGGUUUCCAAGAUUUUUACUACCAUCACCAGCCGUUGGAUCACGAUGAUGACGAUCAACGGCGGAGCUUCACCGGAGCCGCCAACUUCCAAUACUCCGGCAACAACAACUUUUUCGACCCUUCAUUUUUGAGCCUUCCCGAGCUUUUCCAAGUACCGACCGGCCCAAACUCGUACCUCGAUGCUUUCGGCUUGUCGCCGGAGGCAUUUUCCGACGGUAAUAAAGAGGAGCAUACGGCCGCCGGAGGUUUCGAAACUCCGGCGACUCCAAACUCUUCGAUCUCGUCCGCCUCAGAGGAUCACGGCGAGAAUUUGAACAAGGGCAAGAAAGGAGGAGUUUUAGCAAAGGAAACCCUUGAAAAUGAUGAAGAGGAUGGCUCCAAGAAAGAUGUUAAGACGAGGAAAAAAGGAGUCGGGAAGAAGGAAAAACAACCACGCUUCGCGUUCAUGACCAAGAGUGAGGUCGAUCAUCUUGAAGACGGGUACAGAUGGAGAAAAUACGGUCAGAAAGCCGUCAAGAAUAGCCCUUAUCCGAGAAGCUACUACAGAUGCACGACCCAGAAAUGCCCGGUGAAAAAACGAGUCGAGCGAUCUUUCGAGGACCCCUCGAUCGUGAUCACCACUUACGAGGGGCAGCACAACCACCACGUUCCGGUGAAUCUCCGGGGACAGGUGGUGGCGGCCGCCGGAAUAUUCUCCGGCCACUCGAUGCUUUCGCCGCCUUUCGAGGGCUCGAGUUUCGCUCAUCAAGAGCUUUUGGGACAAAUGCCUCAUUUGUACGGUUACGGUGGGACGACGGGAAAUGGGAUGACGAUGAUGAUGAACCAUUAUCAACGGAAUAUUCCGAGCGUGCCACGUCAGCAGGUGGAGCAGUUUACGGACUAUGGACUGUUGCAGGAUAUAAUUCCUCCUGUGUUCCCUAAACAGGAGCCUUAGAGAUUAUUUUUACAGUUUUCUCUAACUAAUAUUACUUGAUGCAUGUUUUUUUUGUUUGUUUUUAUUUUUUUAAAUGUUCCUUUUUUUCUAAAAUUUUUGUUUUGCUUUUGCUGACUUACAUGGGCCUUUGUGUUAUGGCCAUGGCUAGUAUAUAUAGUCUUAUUUGGUGCUCAUGCUCUUAGCUUCAAUGUUGCUCAAAUCCCUCCAUGAGACUAUUGUACUUAUAGAUACAAUAUAUACGGAUAUAUCAUUUGGUAGAGUGAUUUUUUUUAUGUUAUAAUCAAUCUACUAUGCAUUUUAAUAAA